GCCUGCGAAUCUGAAUAGCAAGCGAAGCGGUGAAAAACAUGGCGAAAGAGCUAGAUGGAUACAAUUUCGAGCAGAGGCAUGGGAAAUCGCGGGUCAGAGUGGCUAGGGUUUGGCAGAGCAAAGACGGCCGCCAUUCGAUGGUUGAGUGGAACAUCAAUAUCAGUUUGCUCUCCGAUUGCCUCGCCUCCUAUGUCCGCGACGACAACUCCGAUAUUGUUGCCACCGAUACCAUGAAAAAUACCGUUUAUGCAAAGGCAAAAGAAUGUUCUAAGGAGCUUUCAGUUGAGGAAUUUGCAAUUUUACUGGGCAAGCACUUCACGUCAUAUUACCCACAGGUUACUUCUGCUAUGGUAAAGAUAGUGGAAAAGCCAUGGGAACGCGUACACAUAGAUGGGCAGCCACAUAAUCAUGGUUUCAAACUUGGGUCUGAGAAGCAUACCACUGAGGCAAUUGUCCAGAAAUCUGGUGUUCUACAGCUGACUUCUGGCAUUGAAGGAUUAGCUCUACUCAAGACAACUAAGUCUGGCUUUGAGGGUUUUAUUAGGGACAAAUAUACAGCUUUGCCUGAAACAAGAGAAAGGAUGCUGGCAACUGAAGUUACUGCACUGUGGAGGUACCCUUAUGAAUCUAUCUUAAGCAUCCCACAAAAGCCACUUUUCAAUGAGAGAUAUCUGGAUGUGAAAAAAGUUUUGAUGGACACUUUCUUUGGUCCUCCAAAAGAAGGGGUAUAUAGCCCAUCUGUUCAGAGUACUCUUUUCCAUAUGGAGAAGGCUGUUCUUAGCAGAUUUCCUGACAUAUCAGGCAUUCAACUGCAAAUGCCAAAUAUCCAUUUCUUGCCGAUUAAUUUAUCAAGCAAAGAAAAUGGGACUAUAGUAAAGUUCGAAGAUGAUGUCUAUUUACCAACGGAUGAACCUCAUGGAUCAAUUCAAGCUAAACUGACCCGCUUCUGGUCAAAGAUGUAGAGGUCCUUCCACAUUGUUGUAUGUGCUGCUGUCGUGAGAGUCUCCCUGCUUGUUCAUUCUCAAAAUAAUGGGCUGCUCUACCUUCUACUUUUACAUGACAUGAUUACAAAAAUGAUGAUAUUAAUUUGGAUAGCUUGGUUGCAACUUUUUAUGUCAAACAAUGUUGAUCACAGGACCGCCUCUUGUAUGAUGGCGUAAUAAAUUGAGAGCACUCAA